AUGAGACUGAAGACAGUGCCCGAAACACUGCUUUCUUUAGAAAACUUCCCCUAAAGUUCUCUUUAUGGCGUUUCAAAAUGCCAAACUCUAACCUGAGGAACGAAAGCAACUAUGGGAUCUAUUUUGCUGAAGCCUUCAAUGGAUCUGUUUUGGACCCAUUAUUUCCAAACGACAGCAUCUCGACGUGUGGGAACUUCACAUUGGACUCGCAGGCUGUCGGGGUUGGAAUCUUUCUCUCCGUUUUCAUUUUGGUUGCAAUUGUCGGGAACAUUUUGGUCAUCCUGUCUGUGGUGUGCAAUAAACAUUUGCAGACGGUCACAAACUUCUUCAUUGUUAACUUAGCCAUGGCAGACCUGCUGCUGAGCAUUAUCGUGCUGCCCUUCUCCGCAUCUUUAGAGGUUCUGGGAUGCUGGGCGUUCGGCCGGGUUUUCUGUAACAUCUGGGCAGCGGUGGAUGUGCUCUGCUGCACUGCAUCCAUCCUCAGCCUCUGCAUCAUCUCCAUCGACCGGUACAUAGGGGUAAAAUACUGCCUCAAGUACCCGAGUAUUAUGACAGAGAGGAAGGCAGUAGCUAUUUUAGUCCUGGUUUGGGUGUCAUCCACGGUCAUCUCCGUCGGACCGCUCCUGGGAUGGAAAGAACCGCCGCCUGUGGACGAAAGCAUCUGCAGAAUCACGGAGGAGCCGGGCUACGCGCUCUUCUCCUCUCUCUUCUCUUUCUACCUCCCGCUCAUGGUCAUUCUCAUCAUGUAUUUUCGGGUCUAUGUGGUGGCCCGCAGGACUACUAAGAGCCUGGAAGCGGGCGUCAAACGAGAGCGAAACAAGUCGAUGGAAGUGGUCCUCCGGAUACACUGUCGCAGCGUGCUGGAGGACGCGCGUCCGGCCAGCUCGAAAAGCAGCAAAAACCACCCAUUUCGAAGUUCGCUCUCGGUGCGACUGAUGAAGUUUUCCCGAGAGAAGAAGGCGGCUAAAACCCUCGCCAUCGUCGUGGGGAUGUUUAUCCUCUGUUGGCUGCCUUUUUUCUUCUUUCUGCCGAUGGGUUCCUUCAUUCCGGCACUGAAGCCAUCUGAAACUGUCUUCAAGGUUGUCUUUUGGUUGGGCUACUUCAACAGCUGCAUCAACCCCAUGAUCUACCCCUGCUCCAGCAAAGAGUUCCAGAGGGCUUUCACUCGGCUCCUCAGGUGCCAGUGUCACCAUAGACGGAGGGUCCUGCGUCGCUUCUAUGAUCAGAGGUGGCGGACAGCUGUCAAGGGGAUGACAAGGGAUCAGAGACCAGACUACAACCCUGGCUAUGCUGUGCAUGAAUCUUGUGGCAGCUCUUUGUUACACAAGGGGAAAGGGCGCUCACUAGGUUUCAAGAGAUGGAGUCUGUUUCCACCCUUGCAAAAGUCCUCCUUCCAGCUCAAAGAGAAAGUGAACAAUCUGUCAAAUAAAAUCAAGGGAGGGACAGGAAAAAGCACCACACCUGCAGUGGGCCGGAUUGAUAUAGUGGACACGGUCUCUAUGGGGAUUUACAACUCCUGUGAGCAGAGCAGUUAUCAGUUCUAUGAUCUAGCAGACUGCUAUGGCCUGAAAGAGACUGACAUUUAGAGGGUCACCAGAGAAUCUUUUAUUUAUUUUCAAAGGGCAAUAUUGGACAAACAUGCAAGAUAGGGCAUAAUUUUGUGUUCACAAAAUAUCUGAGAAUCAAAGCUUGAUUAAAGCUAUGGACUGAGAACGAUGGCUUGACCCCAGCACAAAUAGGACUAAAACUUUAUCUCAAUCCCUCAUGACCAUCAUGUUUAUUUAGAUGAAAAUUCUUGUGAACUGCUUAAAGCUGCAUUUUGGAAGUGGACACAAAAGUAGCCAACUCCUUGGACUUUAUUUUACUGCUACUACAGCCCACAGUUGACAGGUGUACACACUUUUGUUAAGACAUUUAACAUAAGCCAGUGUCGUUGUUGUUACACUUAUUUCUUAAAAUUUCAAAUCAGUCAGUCUCCAUGUUUUCAAGUAUUAGCCAGCUGACACUGUAUGAUGACUGCCACUGAAUGGUGACUGCUUUGUUUGAUGUCCAGCUGAUUUGAAACAAAAAAAGUGCAAUUUUUAUUGUUUAAUGGACUAUGACAUCUGCCAUUUCUAUAUUCUGACAAGGCAUUGUAAAGAUGAGAGGCCAGCUAAGACUAAAGAUGCUGCACAGUAUUUAUUUUAAAAGUUGGAUUUAUAAGUUAACUUGGCAUUGCUAUGAACACUUGUUUGAAUAAAAACCCAUGAGUCUACUUGGCCCACCUAACUGUAAUUUGCAUUGCCAAGUGAGUGCUAAUGUGAAAUAAACCUGCUUUUUUUUGGUAUUUUUUGAUGUUAUGUUUAUGUCAAAUGAAAAGUAAAAUAAAAAGGAGGGGAAAAAAUUGGAGCCAAUAAUUGUUUUUCAGUAAAGAACCUUUAUGUUUGGAGUUAUGAUUUUUUCCUUUAAUUAUCUGCCCCAUCCAGCAGAUGUCACUAUUGUUUUGGUUGUUUUACUUCCAGCACAUUUUACCUUAGUACCAAAUUUAUGCUUCGGUUUCAACAAAAUUAAAGGAAAUACUCAUUAGUCAAUAUCUUAAUGUGUUCAGCAAGGUAAACGAUGUAAUGGGAAUUUGCUGAUCUGUUGUAACUCUCAGAAACACACACACACAUACACACAUACACACUCAGAUAAGGCCUUAGCUGCAGGCAAAGUAGACAGAAAGAAAAAGUGCGAGAGAGACUAUGAAUCUCAAUUGAUUACUGUUAUUAGCCUCAUUCCAUCAUGAAUUUACACAAAUCUUCUCUUAAACUUGAGAAAAUCAAAUAACAGAAGUGAAUUUUUGUCAUUUGUAAUAAUUUCCAAAACUAGUAAUUGACAGGAAAAGUUCCCCAUGAAGAAAAAGAUGAAAAUAUACAGAAAACAGUUCUUAUUUCUGGACACCCCAUGAAGGACUAAAACACUAAAACAGAAAUCCAAGCACAAAUCACUGCCAUACACAACGACUAAAAAAAAAAAAAAAAAGAAACAUAACUUGUUGCAGUAGUUCACAUGCUUUUUGUUGUGAUCUAAAACAAAUGUCCCACUUAUCCUCAUUCACCCUUCUGGCCCACUAAAAAAUGAUUUGUAACAACAAUGUAACUUAAUAAGUUUUUCCCCUAACCUAAGUAAUAAAAGUCAUUGGUUCCCAUUGUAAUGUGUUGAUUACACUUUCACAGUUUGACAAAGCAAAAGACACAGCCACUGCCUUGACUCCUAAUUGUGUACUGCCAGUGCUGGUGCUGGUUUAUUAAAGAUAGGCUUUGACUAUACCUUAGAGCUUAAAAAAAAGACUGCAGAGAAACAUCUAAGUUCAUAAUUUUCACAAAGCUGAGAAGUCCUUGACUAUCUUGAGUAAGACUAAUUUGCUAUGUACUCUGGGUAGUGGGCAUCUAAGUGUCUUGCAGGGUUUGGUUACAAGUACAGUGAGGUAAUAGCAGCAAAUAAUAUAUUCUGCUUUCAAGGAGUUACUAGGGUUUCCAGAAACUCUUUCCACUCUCAUUGCUCACUUUACAGCAAUGUUGAACCAUACAUUGAGUCAUGUUCUUCUCUUUUUGUCAGUUGUCAACAGAUGUGAUUGUUUGUUACCAUAGUUCU